CUAAGUUGUUAACAUUUUUAUCCUUUUUUCCCAUUUCCUGGAGAAAUAGCUCUCGUAAGCUAUGUUCUCAAUGAACGGUUUUAAUUCUCAGGUACUUGGAAACCUGAGUGAAUUACCAAGUCACUUGUACCAGCUAAAGUCAUCAGUGUGGGCUGGUGUUUUAACAUAUUCAAAAUAUUUCAAGAAGGAGAAAGCAAUCCAGAAAAGACUAGGUUCAAAACAGGUCUCAAAUCAGUUGUUGGUGACAGCAAUACUUAAAGAUCUCCCAGAUGGCUGGCAGAAAUUAUGCUCUCCUCUUGCUCUACCUCUUCUGCGAUCAACACUUGACCAUGAUCUACCCUCAUCGUGGACUGUUUCCCAUACAUCUGGACAGUCUUUUUAUGAAAAUAAACAUGGUUUCCCACGGUUUCAACUCCUGAGGUCAAGUUCCACACUAAAACAUACCAUGCUACCACCACUCUUAUCAUGGUCAGAUCACAAACCAACAGCGAUGAGUGUUCGUUCAAUGUUCACGUACACAGCAGGUCAAAUACAUGAACUCGAAGUUAGAGCCAAUGAUAACCCAAAUGAUGCAGAUGCACAAGCAGAGUAUUUAAAGGCCAUUGUCAGCGAAGAUCCCCAUUAUGUCAUUCGUAGAUACAGGAGUGGCAGAUAUAAAAACAAUGAAGCUUGUUAUCGUGAAUAUUAUAAGGCUUUGAUAUUGACUGAUAAAAUCAACAGUGAAGAAAUGGAUGAGGCUAUGGGAAAGCCAUUUCACUCAUCACAUCCAAAUUCUCAAGAAGAGACAUCAAAUGGUUUAGGAAGUGAAGGAAAUCCUGUUGUUGUUUCUGUUAACAAUGAUAAACGUUCAUUUUUCAAAGAGCAACUUUGGAAUACUUUAAGAUUCCUUAUUGGUCUUUUCCUUAUCGUCUCUGUGCUUGAGGCACAACUUCAAAUGAGAAUGACGUCAAAUCAAAAGGAAGUACAACCUGAUAGCUCUGAGAAGAAAGUGAAAUUUUCAGACGUGCAGGGGGUGGAAGAGGCAAAAUUAGAGUUGAGAGAAGUUGUGGAAUUUUUGAGAUCUCCAGAAAAGUUCACUAAACUUGGCGGAAAACUACCUUCAGGUAUAUUGCUGGUUGGGGCACCAGGUACUGGUAAAACAUUGCUUGCAAAAGCUGUAGCCGGCGAAGCUGGAGUGCCAUUUUUCUUUUGUUCCGGUGCGGAGUUUGAUGAGAUGUUUGUUGGUGUGGGUGCAGCUAGAGUUAGAAACCUGUUCGCCGCAGCGAAGGAACUUGCACCUUGUAUUAUAUUUAUUGAUGAACUCGAUGCAAUUGGAGGAACGAGAAGUGUUGGUGAUCACCAACCUUAUUCAAGGAUGACAUUAAAUCAACUGCUCGUUGAAUUGGAUGGAUUCGAUAAGACUGAAGGUAUCGUCGUUAUUGGUGCCACGAAUUUCCCAGAAAUUCUCGAUAAGGCAUUAGUGCGACCUGGUCGUUUUGACAGUCGCGUGACAGUUCCCAUGCCUGAUGUUAGAGCACGCAAGAGUAUUCUUGAGUUACAUCUGGGAAAAGUACAAUUGUCAGAUGAUGUUAGUCUUGAAACUUUGUCCAGAGGGACACCUGGUUUUUCGGGUGCUGACCUCGCCAAUCUCGUGAAUCAAGCUGCCUUGAAGGCUGCCAGUGAUGGCCAUGUUAGUGUUACCAAUGAACAUUUGGAUUAUGCCAGAGAUAAAAUUAUCAUGGGACCUGAAAGAAAGAGUGCGUACAUUGAAGAAAAGAAUCGUGAAGUGGUUGCUUAUCACGAGGGAGGACACGCCCUCGUCGCUUAUUAUACUUCAGAAGCCUUACCUCUACAUAAAGCAACCAUAGUUCCACGUGGAGAUGCUUUAGGAAUGGUUGCCCAACUUCCAGAGAAAGAUGAACUAUCGUGGACGAAAAAACAAUUAUUAGCUAAACUUGACGUGUGUAUGGGUGGUCGUGUAGCUGAAGAACUUACAUUUGGUCGUGAUAAUAUAACAAGUGGAGCGUCAAGUGAUUUCUCUCAAGCUACCAAGAUUGCCAGGGCUAUGGUCACAAAAUAUGCCAUGAGUGAAAAGGUUGGACCAUUCGUUAUUCAUGAUGACGAAAAAUUAAGUCCUGAAUUACAGAAUGCAAUUGAAAAUGAGGUGAAACACCUAAUUAAGGAAUCAUAUGAACGUGCAACGAAUAUUCUUCAAAAUCAUUCAACAGAACACAAAAGACUUGCGAAAGCCUUGCUACAGUAUGAAACUUUAAACGCUGAAGAAGUGGCAGCAGUUAUUCAAGGAAAAUCCAUCGAAUAAGCCCAAUCUUUUUUAAACCUCAUGCACCAUGCAUAUAUGCGGUUGAAGAUAAACACAAUGAAACUUCUUACUUUAUUCGGAAUAAUAUUUUUGAUCUUGUGUAUUCGCUGCACUUUCCAAGAAGGUUUCUAUGAAAUUCUAUGAAGUUAAUCAACGUGCAUUGCUUUUGCUGAAGAAAGUACAACUUUAUAAUAAACAAAAAUACUUUCAGGGACAAAAGAUAUAUAUAAUUAUUUACUUAAUUGGGUCCAUAUGUUCAAUGAUCUGGACAUUUUUCAAACAAUCAUCUAUCAAAAUGGAACUAUAGGUUCCGUUUCGAAAUCCUCAGGCUCAGGGCGAUGAACUCGCAUGGAAAAUGCUUGGCUAUUUAUAAUUCUGCAGAUUUAGCUAGCAUCUUUCUGUAUCGAUGGUCGAUUUCUUACCAGAAAACCAAUUACUGUCUAUAGUGUAGUUUUAUUUGACGUUGCCAGUGGCAGAUGUUGGUUAAGACGUUAUAACUUAUGUGUAUCUUUGCAAGACAAACACUGAAAAACAGGCGCACAUAUGAACACUGCUUUUUGAUAAUAUUGAAAAUAUAUUAUGUUUCCCAAUAUAUGAUCAUCUAAUAAG